AUGAAGAGUCUCAUCAUGAAUUCCCGGGGCGAGGGCAUUCGCGGUACCCUGGCCAGCUGGCUGACGGCGCUCGUGGGCGAGGGCCCCGUCUCCUUGUCGCUGGCCACCGCGGAGCUCUAUGCGCCCACGGCGCAGCGCCGGCGCUGCUGCUGCACUGCGACGGAGGCCUUGCAGGCGCUGGAGCGCUUCGUGGCCCAGGGCCGGCCGUCCUUCAUGGCCUGCGCCCUGGACUUCGCCGUGCCCGCGCAAGGCGGCAGCUACGUCACCCAGGCCCAAUGGAUAGACUUGGGUGUUGAUGAGCUCCUGAGCGAUGACGCGCAGGGCUUGAAGAGCGUCAAGGAAUUCCUGAGCGGUCACCGCGGCAUUGCUCCGCAGCCACUGCUGGAGCAGCUGCUUCCCGCCCUUUGUGGCGAUCGGGUGCUGCACCUGGUGAUAUGCGGCCCCAAGGAGGACCCCGCCAUAGGUGCUGCCCGGGAACUCGCAGCCCUGCUGAGCCGAGAUGCAUGGCCUCCCCGGAGCUUGGAGAUGACCGCGCUGCGGGAGGGCUUUGCGCACGAAGAGACUCUGGCCGGUGAUGUUCUUCUCGGAGCAUUCCAGGAGAGCUUCGCGGCUUUCACAGCUCUGCUCUGCCUGAACUGA